UUAGACACACACACACACAUACACACACACACACCCGAGCCCUGUUCAUCCGGCCCCCUGUGCAAGAUCAGCCCCUGCCAAUGCAACUGAGCCAAGCGCCCAUGGAACUCUAGGCGGGAAGCAGCAGGUACAGGCAGGCGUGCCAUGGAUUGCACCAUCAAGGAGGCGCUGUCAGUCGUAAGCGAGGACCAGUCCAUAUUCGACCCAUCCUUUGGCACCCCGCAUCUCCUGAAGACAGAGCUGCCUUCGGUGGACAACUACGGUGGCAAGGAGGGCAUCGGUCUGGAGGAGCCCCAGUGGCAAGCCCAGGCCAACAGCAGAGGCCAUGUGGUGAAGCAGGAGAAUGAGCAGGUCAACUGCUCCAGCAGCAGGCAAUCGCCCGUGGACUGCAGUGUGACACGGAGGGGCAAAUCAGGGGGAGCAGUUGACCCGUCCCAGGUAUCCUAUCCAGGUGGAUACAACAACCAGCGCAGCAGCCCACCUGUUAACCCCCCCAGCGAGGAGAAGAGGGUCAUUGUCCCAGCAGACCCUGGCGUGUGGACCCACGAACACGUCCGCCAGUGGCUUGACUGGGCAGUGAAGGAGUACGACCUCAUCGACGUUGAAACCGGCCUCUUCCAGCAUGUGGACGGCAAGGAGCUGUGCAAACUUGGCAAGGAAGGUUUCCUGCGGCUCACUACACCAUACAACGCCGACGUGUUGCUGUCUCACCUCAGUUACCUGCGCCAGAGCAGCCCCACUUUUACGUAUCCGCCUGCGCCGGUCAUUACUCAGCAGCCCCCGCCCCCGCCACCCCCGAGGGCCCAAGUCAAAUCCGAGUCUGCAUAUGAAGAAAUACGGCGCAACAGCUGGGGCAGCGGCUCCAUCAGCACAACUUCCAAAGGUUCUCCACCACAGAUCCAGGGUGUCGGCAGGACUCCUGAUUCAACACGCAUUGCUCCAGAUCCAUACCAGGUCCUGGGACCCACUAGCAGCCGCUUGGCAAACCCAGGCAGCGGUCAGAUCCAGCUGUGGCAGUUCCUCCUGGAGCUGCUGUCGGACAGCAGCAACGCCAACUGCAUCACCUGGGAGGGCACGAACGGCGAGUUCAAGAUGACGGACCCCGACGAAGUGGCUCGGCGGUGGGGCGAGCGCAAGAGCAAGCCCAACAUGAACUACGACAAGCUGAGCCGGGCGUUGCGCUACUAUUACGACAAAAGCAUCAUGACCAAAGUGCACGGCAAGCGCUACGCCUACAAGUUCGAUUUCCAGGGCAUCAACCAGAGCCAGCAAGGGCAGCCGGGAGAACCUGCCCUCUACAAGUACCACCACACGGACCUGCCUUACCUCCCGCCCUACCACCAGCAGAAGGUGGGCUUCGGCCUGGGCCACGCCGCCCAGAUGCCCACCUCCCCCACAGGCUUCUUUGGGCCCACCUCCCCCUACUGGAAUUCCGGCGGGGGCAACCUCUACCCAAACCCCAACGUGCCCAGGCAGCCCGGAAGCCACUUGAGCUCUUUCUUCUAGUCCCCUUGAUGCCUCCGGGGCCCUUCAAGCUACUCUGACUCCUGCGGCAGCCAGCAGAGCUCAUUGUUCAGACAGCAGCCGAGCCCAAAGACUGUGAAUUAUCCUGGGUGGUGUGGAUGAAGGUCCUGCCACCAGGGGGCAACCCUCUCAUCUCCUUUGGCACUUAGUGCAACACCCAUCUGAUCUCCUCCUUCGCCACUAGGAGGUGAUGGACUUGGCUGGAACUUCUACAGCACAGACGGGGAGCCCGCAGCUCUCCUGUUGGUGUUGGGACUACAACUCCCAUCGUCCUUGACCCAAGGCUGGGGGUGAUGGGAAUUGGAGUCCGGCAACUUGGGGAAAGGGCCACAGCUGCCCCAUCCGCGGCUCCCGAGCGAAUGACAGAGCCUAAUAAGGGCUUCGAAUUUGCAUGCACCAUAGCAGAGGGAACUUGAGGUUGCAAGAGACUUGCUUGGCAUCUUUUCAUGGCUGGCCUAAGACGUUUUGCUGAUGACAAACACAGCUGAGCAGAGCAGGCUAAGGUGGGGAAACAGCACAGGCCGAGGGGGCCUGCAGCCUAGUUCUCCAGCCCUUUGCUGCCACACCUCUCACACACAAACACACACGACCUCUGCCACCUAAGGCGGCUGUCUCACUCUCCCUUAAUGCCAGUGGUACCCAGAGUGGUUUUCCAAUCAACCCCUCUUCCCAGGGAACUCUGAACUAUAGUUCUGUGAGGGGAAUAGGGGUUGCCUUAACAACUCUUUGGGACGCAGGUAGCGCUGGGGUCUAAACCACAGAGCCUAAGGCUUGCCGAUCAGAAGGUCGGCGGUUCGAAUCCCCGCGACGGGGUGAGCUCCUGUUGCUCGGUCCCUGCUCCUGCCAACCUAGCAGUUCGAAAGCACAUCAAAGUGCAAGUAGAUAAAUAGGUACCGCUCUGGCAGGAAGGUAAACGGUGUUUCCAUGCGCUGCUCUGGUUCACCAGAAGCGGUUUAGUCAUGCUGGCCACAUGACCCGGAAGCUGUACACCGGCUGCCUCGGCCAGUAAAGUGAGAUGAGUGCCGCAACCCCAGAGUCGUCCACGACUGGACCUAAUGGUCAGGGGUCCCUUUAACAACUCUUAGCGCCUCAAGCAAACUACAGUUCCCAAGAUUCUUUGGGGGUGGGGAGCCAUGGUGGUUUAAAUGUAUGCUUUAAAUCUAGGGUGUGAAUAUGCCAUAAUCGCCCUUGUAGAACUUAGCAGAGAAGACAAAACUAGAAUGAGUCAGCUCUGCCAGUCGUUGGUUCUGGCUUCCCCCUACUGUUGGGGUCCCUGCUUUCUGCCCUAUCGGCCCCAAUGGGCCACAGAGGAGGUCAAGCCUAUAUGUUAAGACUAGCAGCUGCUGGGGGAGGAGAGACACUGACAUACAGUACAGCCACAACAAUAGCAGCGCCAUUUUCUCUUGGAACAUCAAAUUCCACUCUCUGUUUCCAAACCCUGGUGUGACAAUAGAAGUAGCAUUUUCCAGCAUGGCAGUGAUGGUUGAAAAGGGCCUUUGCUCCUGACUUGGGCAUUUCCAGUGUAUUUGGGCGGUGGGGGGUGGGGGGGUGGGGAGAUUAAGGUAGCAAGUGCUUAUUGGCUAGCACUCAUGCCAUCACCAGGGCUGCUUUUGCCCCCUUAAGUCAGCCCACGUUUUCUGCAACUAUUUUUAAUGUUUUAAUGCUUAAGGUUCACGGUUUUAAUUUGCCAGGUGGGUGGGUGGGUGGGUAAGGAAAAGGGAGAACAUUUAUAUUCCUAUUUUUUAAAAGAUGCAUGUGUGGCAGUUUUAAAAUAAAUAUUAAGAGACACAA